UGAGAUGGAGUUCCCAUUUUUUAUAUAGUAUAUUCUUUCAACUUAAGAAUAGUGUUCAGACUCCAAAGCUGCUGAAUAAGUUCUUCCUUUGUUGAUCUUUCAAACACUUUGCAUAUACUAAUGUCAAGUGUAAUCUUGAUACACUUUACUUGACCAUAAUCUCCAGUAAUCUAAGGUAUAUAAAUAUUUUUACAUGAAUUUGCAUCACUUUUUCUUUCCAAGCAAAAUUAUUAGUUUAUUCAUUUUUAUUUUAACUAUUUAAUAGCUAAUUCAACAAAUUUCUCUUCCUUCAGGGUCUUGAACAUACAUUUUUCAGUCACUCAAAUAAACUUCAUUGAUAUUUUAUACAUAAAUUCUAUGGCUAUUUUCUAAAAUAAUUCUACAUUAUUUUUAGUAUCCUACUACAAGAAUUAUUAAAUCUUCAUGUCCAUUCAUAUCUGAUUAUAUUCUUCAAAUUAUAGUGAAGUUUCCAGAUGGAAUGAACUUUACACAUUUCUUUCAUUGCUUUUGAAAUGGACAUUACUUAGCAAGUUUCAGACACAAAUAUUGACAGAUGUAUGGCGUUACUUGCAUCUUCUUCAUGAUGUUAAGAAAAUCUGUUUAUAUACAUGCAUGAUUGUGUAUUUUCUUUCAGAGAGGAAGAAGGCUCAAUUCAAGUCUGCAUGGAGGGAAAUACCAUUAUAUGCUGACUGGAGGAAAGAAGAGUUCCAGACUGUAAAUCUGACUCUGGAUGCAGCCACCGCCCAUCCUGCCCUCUUCCUGUCUGAAGAGGGGAGAAGAGUAACAUGGCAAGAAACAUGUCAGGAACUUCCCAGCCACCCAGAGAGAUUUGUCUCCGUUCCCUGUGUGCUUGGUCAGCUGCACGUCAGCUCAGGGAGAUACUUCUGGGAGGUGGAGGUUCAGGACGCACAUUCCUGGGACCUGGGAGUUUGUAGGAAUAAUGUAGCAAGGGAGGGGAGGGUCACAGUGUCACCGCAGAAUGGUUUCUGGGCCAUUAGGCUCUAUGACGGGGAGUACUGGGGCCUCACAUCCCCAGAAACUUCUCUUACUCUAAAAGAAAAACUCUGUAGGGUGGGAGUAUUCCUUGAUUAUAGGGCUGGAGAUGUAUCUUUCUAUAACAUGACAGAUGGAUCCCACAUCUACACAUUUUCCAAACAAGCAUUUUAUGGUGGCCUAAGACCACUUUUUAGACUUUGGUCCUCUGACUCAGGCCCUCUGACCAUUGUCCAGAUGGAGUAGAACACAAUGAUGCUGUAAUUCAUAUGCCUAACCUUCCAUGAUGAUUACAAUUCUCCCCACUAGACACAAAUUUAUUUUUUCUUCCUCCUUUACUGAUUUAUUCUCAGUUGAAGCUCUGAUACACAGACUGAUGGUUGUCUCCCAUAUUAACUCUCCCUUCUUCCUAAGUUAUAGGUCCCUCUUCUUAUCACUAUGCCUAUGACAGCCUAGUACAAAAAUUAGAUUUCCUCACAUCCCCUGCUGAAUGUGACUAAAUUAUGACCAGUGCAUUUUAAGAUGAAUUAUUCUGUAUGACUCUUUGGAAAAGACUCUGAUCCUGGGAAAGACAGAGGGCAGAGGAGAAGAGGAUGACAGAGGAUGAAGUGGUUGGAUGGCAUCACUGAUUCAAUGGACAUGAACUUGGGCAGACUCUGGGAGAUGGGGAGGGACAAGGAAGCAUGGAGUGCUACAGUCUGUGGUGUUGUGAAAAGUUGGGCACGGCUUGUCAACUAAACAACAACAUUCAGUAUGAUCUCUGGAAUGUGUUCUUAAAGGAAAAUUAUGUGAUUUUCUUCUUUUCUCUAAUUAUUUGGAUGGCUGGAAUGUGGCAUGAUGGAUGGAACUCUAAGAACAUCUCUGAUCAUGUAAUAAGAUACAGACAGAAAAUAUAUUAAUAGAAUGAGUCUAGAGUUUUGACAGCUUUAUGAAACUACUAUAUGCUCACUUUCUUAAUUACUUCCAGUAAGAAAUAAAUUUUAUAUCUUUAAAC